AUGGAGGUAUUCAGCGCCGUCUCUGGCGCCAUUACGCUAUUAGAAGUCGCGACGAGAAUCAACAAGUUAUGCGUUACUGUCAAGGAUGCACCGAACGACUGGAAGCGAUAUCGCGACGGUCUGCAUGCAGUCACCUGCAUCCAAAAUGUUCUUGCGACCGUUCUAUCCAAUUGUCCGGCUAUCCGAAGCCUCGUCGUCCCAGCCGAUACGCAGCAGAGUCAAAUCCCAUUUACUGACCACGUCAAUGGCGUGCUGUCCGAGGUAAAAGAGCAGGCCAAGAAUUUGCUGGAGAGGCAUGGUCAGCUGUCGGGUGGCUGGGCUCGGAAGCAAAUUUCCCGCGUGUUCAAACCUCUUGGGUUCAUUGUGGACCGGGAAAGGAUCGAAAAGAUGAUCGAAUCGGUUGAGCAGGCCCACCACCAUCUUCACAUGGCGCUCACACUAGCAUCCAUAAAGGCUUCCUCCUCGUGCCAUUCCCCAGACACCUCGAACGCCAUUCGAGUUGAGGAUGUCAUCGCGUCGUUGUCCGAGUCAGAAUGGGACGAAACUCGAGGGAUGCAAAUGGAGGAGCUGAUAGAGUUCCUAUCGACACACGCCACCGCCCAACCCACGGCAUAUGCCACGGACGUGGAAAUCACAACCACUAGCUCUACUGUUCCUCCGAUCAGGCUCUGUACCGACCGCGAGUCUUACCUUCUCAUGGCCAAGCCGGUGGAUCUGGCUCUUUGCAGCCUUGAGCAAGACUCAACAGUCGCCAUAUUCUGCGUUACGGAAGUCCACAUCACAGACGGGAUGCAGCUUUUUUCCUCGGUCCAAUCAACUACGGAUGAUUAUUCCGAUGCUAAGACCGAACGUGCCCCUUCUGAGGCGGGAUCUGACGGCGGCCAUGAGACCGAGAGUGAUCAACCUCGAGGCGAGGAAGACGUGGCCAAUGGCGGUGCUACAUUCCCGAUGAGACCGGAUGCCGUCGACGAUGAGCGUGCCUUUGAACUGCUGAGAAUGAUGGCUGUCGACGAGGCUUACGUGCUACCGAGCGAGGUCGAGUGGGAUGUGCUUGUCCGGUUCCUGCGCCUCGUUGACAAGUACGGCCAGCAUGUCGGAGAGAAGCCCCUAGCCCAAGCAAGGCUCUGGGCGUCACUCAUCCCACCUUCGAAGACCUUUGACGAGAACGCCAUACUAUGGCUAUGGGUCAUGUGGAAGCUGCAAAUGAUCGAGGAAUUCUGGGAGCUCUCCGCGGUCAACUUGAUAUCAGGCGUCUGA